GACGUCAAUUUCGGCAUGACGACGCUCCCCGGAGCAAAAUCGAUAGCCGACAGCGGAGAAUCGAUGUCUCUUCUCUCUGCCUUACCAAUCGGGCGAACGACAGGUGACGUCACGCGUCGGCCGCCCCGCGAUGCGUAUCGGGUAACACACGGGAGAGACCUGCCAUCUUGAAUGGCAUGGCUCGGCUACACAGUGCGUAAUGAAGGAGAAAUGCGAGCUUUAACGCGAACGUUACGCUGGUAUUACGCUGCGCCGGGACUCGCGUGAGACUCAACAACAAUCGUGACACAAGAAGGCUCUUCCCCUGCCCCGCGCGAUGGAGGCGGUAAAGGCGUUCAACGCGGAGCUCUCUGCUCUCUACGAUGUCAAACCCCCAAUCUCGAAAGCCAAGAUGAAUUCGCUUACACGAGGAGCUAUCAAAGCAAUAAAAUUCUACAAACAUGUUGUACAAAGUGUGGAAAAAUUCAUUCAAAAAUGCAAGCCAGAGUACAAAGUACCAGGGUUGUAUGUGAUAGAUUCAAUUGUUCGACAAUCCCGACAUCAGUUUGGGAUGGAAAAGGAUGUGUUUGCUCCACGAUUUGCAAAAAAUAUGCAGACUACUUUUCUCAAUCUUCUAAAAUGUCCACAAGAAGAUAAGAGCAAAGUUAUACGUGUAUUGAACCUUUGGCAGAAGAAUGCCGUUUUUCCACCAGAAGUUAUUCAACCACUUUUUGAUCUGGCAGACCCAAAUCAUCCAAUACAUAAAGAACAGCCAGUAAAUAGCAAUGGUACAUUAAAUACAUCAUCUGGAAAUAAUCUAAGUAACGUAAGCGCAGUGACUAAGACUCCUCCAUCCGCAAUUAAAAAUGCUGUAAAAGACUCUAAACUUUUUCCAUCUGGAAAAACAAUUGAUCCAGUAUGGCUGGCACAAACAAAAAUGGAAGCGGCAGUCAACGCAAAUAAACUUUUGAAUCAAUCCAACGUUGGUCAGAUGGAUUCCAAUAUUUUUGACCAGUUGCAACAUUUACAGCAACUACUUAUGAAAAAAGAUGUUACAAAUGAGCAAAAGAGUUCCGUCAAGUUUGAUAAAAAAUUGUUAGAUUUUGAUUAUGGUGAGGAAGAAGAUGACGAUGUCGUUGUUACUAAUUCUCCAAACACAGCUGCCUCGACCAAUACCCAACAUAAUGCAGUUUCAGCAAACAGUUUAGAAAGCCUUGGACUGUUGCUUGCAAAUCCAGAGGUUCUGAGACAAUUACAAACUUUGCAACAAACCAUGCAGAGUAAUGCAUCUUCUUCGCAACUUGAAAUGGAAGAAAAGAUGCGCAAGCUGCAACAAAUGAAACAGCAAGAAGAAGAAUUCGAUAAGCAUUUAGCACAAACUGUUCCUAACCUUCCUUUUGCAUCUGAAUGCGAAUUAAAACCUUCUGAUAUUUUAAAACCAAGUGCACAAAAUUAUGCCUCAAAUAUGAACAGCAAUGUGAUGCAAGAUAUGAGCCAGCCACCUCCUGGUUAUCCGCCAGCUAUGUCGUACACUUCGCAAUCUUUAUCAAAUAUUCGACAAAUGAAUCAGUCCGUGCAUCAGAAUCAAAAGAGUCCAUUACUUGAUGAACGUCAAGAGACGCAAGAUUAUUCUGGAAAUAGUAUCAGACGUGAUAGUAGCAGUGUAGAAAUUGUAAACUGCGAAAACACGAGUUCCCACAGUAGAUCGCCAGAACGGUAUCGACAUCACAGUCGAUCCCGAUCUCCACGGCACAGAGACAGAGACAGAGAUCGAGAUAGAGAUAGAAAAUCUCGGUCUAGAAGCAGAUCGAGACGAAGAAGAUCUCGUUCAAGGGAUAGGGGUCGUGAUAGAAAACGUGACGAUAGUCGAGAAAAGAUGACAGAAGAAGAGCGAGAGAAAGAUAGGGAGCGACGCAAACGCGGUUUGCCACCGAUAGUUAGAGAUAAAUUAAGUGUUUGUAGUACGACGCUUUGGGUAGGACAUUUGUCGAAACUCGUACAUCAAGAAGAAUUGUCUGAUACAUUUGGAGAGCUUGGUGAUAUUGUUAGCAUUGAUUUAAUCUCACCAAGAGGUUGUGCUUUUAUAUGUAUGAACAGGAGGCAGGAUGCGUAUCGAGCGUUAACGAAAUUGAAAAAUCAAAAGAUGCAAGGCAAAGCUAUUACGUUAGCAUGGGCACCUGGCAAAGGAGUGAAGGGCAAGGAAUGGAAAGACUAUUGGGAAGUAGAACUAGGCGUCAGUUACAUCCCUUGGAAUAAGUUAACCAACAUUACCGAUCAGGAGUUGGAGUUGCUGGAAGAAGGAGGGAUGAUAGAUGAAGACACAUUACCUCCCCAUUUGAAAGGAAAACUGAAACACACUGGCACGAGUGCGGAUGUUCUGCAGCAACAAUUGCAUCUGCAACAGCAAGCAAUGGUUGCCGCCGCGAACGCUGGUGCUCCGAUUCCCACUUUGACAGACGGUAUCGUCAAUGUCAUGCAGUCGUCGACUAAUUCACAGCAGCAGCAACAACAACAACAGCAGCAAUUAGUCGACACUAGUCAGCCACCACCAAUCAGACCACCAACGUCGGCUGCGCUGCUGCCUCCUCCGAACACGCAAUUGCAAAUGAUGCCGCCGGCAUUUACGAUGCCAGGGGUGCCACGAAUGAUUAGCCACAUGGGCCUACAAAUGACACAUGGAUUAAUGCCGAAUGUUCCGAUUGGAGUACCACCGCCCAAUAUGCAGAGUCUGCUGGGACCACCCGGCAUGAUGCAAACCAUGUUGACACCUUCAGUAAACCCACCAUUUGGUGCAGGUGUUGGCGUAAGUUUAUUGACACAAAUUCCACUGCCCGCACCUGCAGCGCCUUCGGAUAAGCCAAACUCCACCGGAUACGAGAUCCUGAAUAUUACAGGUAUGCCGCACAAUGUUCCACCAAUUGGAGUACCGCCGCCUACGACUGAGACAAGCAUGCCGAACUUGCCAAUGUUACGACAACCGUACGGAGUGGGACCGCCGGCGCCGCCAAUGCAGAUGCAACUACCUCAACAGCACCACUCGGACGACAUGGACGUGGAGAUGGAGGACGCGAUGCCGCAAAGUUUGAACAGCAAUUUACCCGGCAAGGACAAGCCGAACCUUAGUGAUCAGUUAAUCGCGGCGAUGAAUAUAGGCAGUAGUGUGAACGAUUGUCGUCUGGAGAACGAUCAGUCUCGCGAGUACAAGGAGCGGGAACGCGAUCGGGAAAACAGAGAAAGAAGAGACCGAAGUGAUCGAGAUCGCGGCGAUCGCAUGGACAUUAACGAGUGCAGAAUAGAUCGUGGCAGAGACAGAGGAAGAGGACGGGAUCGCGGUCGAGAUAGACGUCGAGAUAAUCGCGACGGUCGUGAUAGAGAAAGAGAUGAGAGACGCGGAGAUCGCGACAGCCGCGAGACCCGCGAGAGCCGAGAAGGUAGCAACAGACACUUGGAGGGACCGAGUGUGCAAAAUCAAAACGUUCAAGAAGGCGAGAGUAUGACGAAGAAAGAGAGUAAGCCCAGUCUAGCCGAUCGAUUGCGGCAAUUGGCGGAUGGUACGUUACCGCUGGAUGAUCGGAUGGACAGAAACAUUCGUAAUCGCAGUGAGCGCAGCAGCGAGCGAAACGACAGGAACUUUGAAGAAAGUCCCGGAGGCAGCGGAGGAGGACGACGGCCACCCGGCGACAUGCCGAUCUCAUUGAUGGACCUACCUAAGUUCGGAGGAGUGUUGCCGCCAGAUCGAACAGAUUUCCCGCGAGGACCAGAUUUUCGAAGCGGACCACCAGACACACGCGAGUUUCCGCAACGCGGCCUGCCCGAUCGGCCUGACCGACAGAAUUUUCCGCCGCGUGGUGGACCAAGGACUUCGCAGAUGGACGACUUUAUAGACCCCAGGAUGCAGCCUGGCAUAUUCCCGGAAGAUUACGAGAACAGACUAGGUCACAAUGGACCUCGAUCCGAUGAUUUUCCACCGGGUAGACUGGGACCAGCACGAGACGAGUUCGAGCGACCGGAAGUGCGUUCUCGCAGACCGCCCGUGGACGAGUAUGAACGUGAACGUUUCGAGUACGAGAUGAGACGCGAUGGAUUUGAUCCGCGGAUGCAGGACGGCUUCGAUCUUAGAAGUCACAACGACCGUUCGGAUUUCGACCUCCGCAGAAGAGAUUUCUUUGGUGGCCCAAUGGAACCUGUGUUCGGAAUGCCACCCUUAAUGGGGCCGAAAGGACCGAGAGGACCUGGACCGGCUGGACCCGAUGGAUUUGGACCGCGUGGAGCCAGGGGACCUGGUCCAAUGAUGUUCCAUCUACGUGGCAUGGGUCCGAGAGGUAUGAGGCCCGGGAUGAGGCCGCCGUUCGCACCUCGUGGUCCACCAUUUGAUCCCAGAGAAGCGGACCCUUUCUUCCGACCGCCGUUCGAUGAUAUGCGCGGUCGUCCAGGACCACACAUCCGGCCACCGUUUGGCCCAAUGGGCCCGCCGGCGAUGCAUGGACCGGACGGACCGUGGAGAAAUCAAGAGGGUAGUGGGCCCGCGUCCUGGCCCGGUCAGGAAUCCGAUGGACACGGCCAACGUGAGAAUCAUCUUCCGCGAGACAAGCAAAAACUAACGAAACAUCAGGACUUUAAAAACAUGUCCGAGCGGGAGAAUCGAAACCGAAACCGAAAAUCCAGGUGGGGUAAUGUUAGUCCACCGCUGACGGACGAUGUAGAUGAGAUGCCAUCAGAAGAGGCCGAAAAUAAGGUGGAGAUAUCAGAUGGCAGAGAGCUAGAAGUGAAGGAUAGCUUUGAUGCCUCAUCGUUGGCUGUUGAUCAACAGAAUCUUCUAAUGCAAAAGGAACAAGACGAGUCAGCAAUUCAGGAGCAGAAUGUGAUACACGGUGACAGAGAAAAUGAAUUUGCUAUAUCGAAUGAUAAGGGUAAAGAUGAAAUUAACUAUCAAAAUGACCAGGGGCAGACUGAUAUCUUUGAUAUUGGUGCGGAUCAUUUUUCCAGCAACGAUUUAACGCUAAAACAACGGAGUGAAGAAGAACCGUGUGAAUAUGAAGCGCCCAUUCCAGCUGAAGAUUCAGCGCAACAAAAUGUGGUACAAUCUAUCGAACAAAUAGGGCACGCCAGUGAGAAUCAUAGUGAACAAUCAGUGGAACAGCAAGCGGAUUCGUUGUAAAAACGAAAACGCGAGAAAAAAGGAAGGAAAAGAUCAAUAUUGGGAAAAUUACCAAAGUAAAGUAUAGAGAAUCUUCAGGCAGAUUCGUGUAAAAUAUCGUUUAAACCGAUGCGAUGUACAUAGAGUCGUGCUACAUUGAGAGAGCGAGAGAGAGAGAGUGAGAGAGAGAGAGAGAGAGAGAGAGAGAGAGGGAGAGAGAGAGAGAGAACGCGCGAGCGAAAGAGUAAGAAAAAAGUGAAAAUGAUUCGAUUUUACAGACUCAAAAUUAUCACACUCUGGAGUGGUGGGGGAGCCAUUGGGUCCAGUGAGUUGUUUUAAGUAUUUUUAAAUCGUCAGAAUAUUCAAUUGUUGACUCUCGUGUAAGUCUUAAUCAAGAUUUCUUCCCAACUGAAAUCUGCUGCUUAGAUAAUUGCUGUGAUAGAGUGAACACAGGACCUGUUUAUUCGCGUAGAGGUAUAUACAGAGAUUCAAUUCUUAAUCGAAAUUCUUUUAUCUAUUUUUUUUCUUUAUUUUUUAUGUUAGAUAUAUAUAUAACUAUCGCAGAACGCAUAGUUAUAUAUAUGCAUAUAUAUAUAAACGUAUAUAUAGACACAUUUGAAAGAAAUCCAUCAUUGCCAUCUAUACGAGAUUAGUCUCCAGUCAAUCUUUCUGUAGUUUUAUUAAGAACUUUCCUGUAGUUAAUUUCGAAUUAUAGUAUCGGGUAUUGUACAGCGAGAAUAUUGUACCUCAUGCCCCUUUGAUGAGGAUUAAUUUAUUGAAUUGUACAUAUGUACUUUUAUAUUUUCGUAGCAGAACAAAUAAAUGAAUUAUAAUGUGCUGAUUGCCAUUGCUCAAUCAAAGAAAAGAAAAGAAUAAAUAUUUUGUAUAUAAUGUCUUUGAUAAUAAAAGAAACAUGGCCUUGUUAUUCCGAUAUACGCGCGUAGCUCCCAAUCACAAUGAAAAUGAAAACGACAGAUUAAGUACACGUGUAUAAUAUACGAAUUAUAUUUCUAGGCAUUUACAGAAACAUGUACAUAAUACAAUUUAGAAUAUCUUCGUUUCGCUUUUUGUUUUUCGAUAUUUUUUUAUCGAAGUUAGCUUAGUCUUCCCUUAAAUUUUACACACUUGAAUAAUUCAUUUAAAUAACUCAGUUUAAGUCUAACUCACGGCACAUAUUCAUUUUAUUCUGCAGAAGCAUGAGGAUAUUUAACGUAAUCUGUUCGAAAGUAAAAGUGAAAAUGAUUAUAAAAAUACAAUGCGCAUUCCACGCGCUUCCAUUUAACUGACACACAUUAUUACACACACGUACAGACAACUUGGCUCCUGUGUUCACAAACGCAUUGCACGGCGCAGCGAUGGAAGACACGUGCUUGCGCUCAAACUGAGUGACAAGUGCAAGGUAUUGUUCCCAAUUACUUUCACAUACCGUUAGUCAAGAAAAUGUGACGCUAAGAUGAUUUUAAGAGAGCCAUUGCUUGGCCGCCACCACUCCAGGAUGAAACUCGUCGAUGCAUAUACGACCCAUUUAAUUAAUAAUUGUAUCUUUAUAGAGAAUAAUUACGGCUAAGAGAGGUAUUAAGAGAGAAUGAACUUCCAAAGUUGAAAUGUCCGAUCCGUGUUCCAGUUGUUGGACUCGUCAACUGAAUCGACUCUUUGAUUCUGAUACGUUAAUAUUAAACGUUCACUUCGCGCCUUUGAUGAUAAAUAAAAAAAGUGGAUUGUUAAGAGAUAAUCAGUGGUAGAUAGACUUUUUAAUGAGCAUUAAAGUAGGAUACGGUAGCGUUAUUUCGAUGCUUAUAACAAUGUUUGAUAUUUUCACGUUAGAAUACAUGUAUGCCUAUUUCAUUGCUUUGAGCUUACUUUACUAUAAGUUUCGUUUUACGAUCAUAUAUUCAUAUAUGUGAAUUCAUGGAACAAAAAACAGCAACUGUAUUUAAGAGCGUAUACUUAAUAUGAACAUAAAUAUAAAUUGACAAAAUAUUA